AAUGCCGAACGACACUCAGCAGUAUGGAACCCCAAUCAAGCCCAGUAAAACAAAUCAAUCUCACGAAACUUCAACCUGGCGCCGCGGGGUGUCUGCCAAAAAAGAAGGGGGCGAGGAGAACGAACUGAAGUACUCGCACUCGCGCAAUCACGUUUUGUCGCCCUCGCAGAAAGAAGAGGCCUACUGCGACGAGCACAAGAGAUUGGCGGACCUCGUCUACCUCGUGGAGAAAGCUCGCGACAUCGAGUCCAAAUCACGGUCAAAGAAACGCCAUGACAACGGUCAGAGCUCGAAACUUCGGUCUGAUACUGGGUGCUCUAGUUCCGGGGAUCAGGUCAGGGUAGAAAAAAACCCGAAGAAACCCGACCGCAGGAUCAAUUCUUCCAGGCGGACUCGCAGCGCUGAAAGGGUCGGCUCUCAUUACACCUAUAUUGAUGCAAUGAGCAGUCUGUCGCGCGAGGUGACAGAACAUGCCUACGAAACAGUCCCCGAAAUACCGAACACCAGUGGGAAUAUGAACACAAUACACGACACCCAUUUACUUAAUCAAAACCAGAAUCAGAAUCAAAACCAAAACGCUCACAAUUAUUCCCAUCCGGUGUAUUCGAUUCCUUCGAUGACAUCACCGCCGCCCACCUAUGAUGUCGCUAUCAAUAAAUCUUGGCAGAACGGAUUACCGCCGUCUUACGAGGAUUACCUCUGCCACAAGUACGCGAUGCUCGUCAGGUCCCACACCCCGCCGCCGCCAUGGUCAGAUUCUACUGCGACCAACGACACCGCAAUUCCCUUCGCGAACCCCAAUGCUUUUCUACUACCCUGCGGAGGUCUCAAUGGUACCUGCAGUCUUCACACCAAUGGCCAAAAUGAUCACACGGGAUUCAGUACACGUGCUAUGAAAAAACAUGUCAAGCAGCAGAAAUUGCGCGCUAUGAGUCCAAGAUCAUUAAGCGAAAGUCGCGCCCAACAACAAAGACUCGCCACAAUGUACGAGGACGGUGCAUUCUGCAUGGAAACAACAGCCAUCCAGUCAGCAUUUGAGAACGGAGUUGCGUUCUGCAGCAUUAUGUAA